CAGCUUCCGCUUCCGACGCGCUGACGUCAGGGCGCCGGCGGAGAGGUGGCGGGAGGCGGCGAGGCCGCCAUGAAGGAGGCGCUGGAGCUGGUGUGCCGCGUCCCGGCGCACCCCGAGUCGCGGUGCUGGUUCCUGGCCUGGAGCCCCGGCGGGGGGCUGCUGGCCUCCUGCGGCGGGGACCGCCUCGUCCGCAUCUGGGGGCGCGAAGGGCAGGGCUGGUCCUGCCGGGCCGUGCUGGGCGAGGGCCACCAGCGCACGGUGCGCAGGGUGGCCUGGUCCCCCUGCGGCUCCUACCUGGCCUCCGCCAGCUUCGACGCCACCACCUGCAUCUGGAAGAGGCUGGAGGACAGCUUCGAGUGCGUCACCACCUUAGAGGGGCACGAGAACGAGGUGAAGUCGGUGGCCUGGGCUCCCUCCGGCACCCUGCUGGCUACCUGCAGCCGGGACAAGAGCGUCUGGGUCUGGGAAGUGGAUGAGGAAGAGGAGUACGAGUGCGUCAGCGUCCUCAACUCCCACACGCAGGACGUCAAGCAUGUGGUUUGGCACCCCAACCAGGAGCUCCUGGCCUCGGCCAGCUACGACGACACGGUGAAGCUGUACCAGGAGGAGGAGGACGACUGGGUGUGCUGCGCCACGCUGGAGGGCCACGAGUCGACGGUGUGGAGCGUGGCCUUCGACCGCGGCGGCGAGCGCUUGGCUUCCUGCAGCGACGACAAGACGGUCCGCAUCUGGCGCCAGUACAAGCCGGGCAAUGAGGAAGGGGUGGCCUGCAGCGGCACCGACCCCACGUGGAAGUGCGUCUGCAACCUGUCUGGCUACCACACCAGGACCAUCUACGACGUGGCGUGGUGUCACCUCACCGGAGCGCUGGCGACGGCUUGCGGCGACGACGCCAUCCGGGUCUUCGAGGAGAGCGUGUCUUCCGACCCGCAGCAGCCCACCUUCAGCCUCGCCGCUCACGUCCCCCGGGCGCACUCGCAGGACGUCAACUGCGUGGCCUGGAACCCGAAGGAGCCGGGCCUGCUGGCCUCCUGCAGCGACGACGGCGAGAUCGCUUUCUGGAAGUACCAGCGUCCCGAAGUUUGCUGAGAGUUUCCACCCUCUCUAUAAUCCUCCCUUAUCCAGCAGCGGGAUCCUUCGGCGCUGCCCCUGGCAGGGAUGACGGUGACCCACCUCUUCUGCCCCAUAAGUUGGGACUUUUGGAUGCCCGGGAGCCCUCCCUGGGGACGCGCAGGGAAGCGCGGCGCCUCGGCCGGGACGCGGCCGGCUUUGGGAGACAGGACAGGACUUGCUCCCCCCGGCUUCCUCCUGCCCCACGCUCAAUAAAUCCACCUUUUCCCGGUCAAAGCCUCUGGUUUGUCCUUGCGGUGCUGUCGCCGACCCCCCCCGAGAGCUGGAGGAGGUGGCACAGGAGGACAGACCCACGGCGGGGGUGGGAGGGGGUGGCGGGGGCUGAUUUACGCCCCCCCCGGUGAAGCACAGCCCGAGGGGAAGCAUUUACGUCCCCCUCUUGCGGGCUGGCACUCCUCGAAAUGGGCUACCAAGCCAACUCCGCCUUCGUUAAUUCUGC